AAAUCUUAGAAUCAUAGAUAGAAUGACUGAGGGGCAGCUUUAUCAAGGAGAGCCUGCCUGCGCCAGACCGGCCAGAAGGCGCCAGCUAUGCAAGAAAUGCAGACAACGGAAUGCCGCACGAGGCCCGGACACCCAGCAAAUGCAACCUUCGGCCACUUUCCGUGUCUUCGCCUUUUCUGAAUCCUCGCAGCCUCCCAGCGGCUCAGUCUCGCCCAACGUCCAGCGCCCAUAAUCUUAUCCAGCCGCCACCGGCUAGCGUCCCCAAUCUGCAUAAAUCUUUGCCUGCGCCUCACCGAUUGCGUGAGAUUUCUGGAAAUCUGGCACGAUCAACGGGAAAAGGGUGUCCCAUCAAAGUUCGCCGACGGCGAAGCGGGCAAAUUCACCGGGAUGGCGCUUUCGGACCUCUUUCUCCAGGUUCUUAUCGGCCGCCGUCGCCGAAAGGAAGCAAUCAACAUUCACUUGCCCGGCCAUGUCGACCAUUUGUUGACAGUCAAACUGGAAAGAAUGUCAUCAAAGGCGAUCUGAUCAACCAGGAUUUCUUGAAGUCUGCACCUGGUUUGUGCAGACUGCAGACUAUCGCCUACAUACCCAUCCUAUGUACUCUGGUCUCUACAGUCUCUUGCCAUCAUCAUGGCAUAGUGCAGCGUGCUGGCGUGCUUGCUGAUUGCGAUUGUGUAUGAUGUAUGUAUGCGUGAUUGCGAUUUGCGCCUCGUUCUCGUGGGUUGUCGCCUAUUGGAUCCUGGAGGUGACUGGAACGCUCUGGGUCUAGACUGCGCCCCGUCUCUUGUCGGCCGCGGAGCCUCAUUAUACAAUGCUGAAACAGACUAAACGCUAACCCCAAAGUCUCUUGAGCAGUCACAAACAGCUCACAGCAUUGGGAUCCGUGACAUGUAAAUGCUGCCCGUGUGAAAGUUUUCCAAACCCCCUCGCUCAUGAUUAAUAGUAUAUCUUCCCAG